AUGCGUAGUGGUUGUUCAAGCGUGUCGUCGAGGCGAUCGUUGAGUGCGCCAUGUGCGACAAUCCGUCACGUUUGCUCCCUCACAUUUUCACUUUCUGAUGAGAGUGGUUAUAAUAGUAGUAAUGUUGCCACCGCCGGUGAGUCGCUGCUGCUAUCGGCAGAGAUGGUGGAGGCUGCUGCGGCCCUCGCGAAUCCCCGCCUUCAUGCGGUUACAAGGGCCGCAGCGCUCUUUCCGAAUUUUUCCUCAGGGGACACGUGUAUGACCCAUAACGAAGAAGAAGAAGAAUUCAGCGCCCAGCAGCAUCUGGCUAAUUCACAAGAUUGUAGGAGACGAGACGACACAAGCGAGCCGGUUCUUUUUGAUCGGCUUAACGCAGCCAGUUCGCAAAUUAAUCUUCUAAACAGAGUGAAUGGACACACGGUAAAGUAUUGUGCUGAGCUCGAAGAAACAAACAAAUCUCUUAGUUACGCGUUGAAGCAGGCUCUUGAUGAAAACAAGGCCCUAAAUGAACGGCUCAAUAGUAAAAACAGAGAGCUUGAUGGGGCGAAGAAGUUGGUGGCAGAGCUCAAGAAGCAGUUGGCUGCUUGCCAACAGGGAACAAGUGGUUCUCAUAAUUCCUGA